CAAGUUACCAGUAAAGCCUUUACGUAUAUUGCCUUAUCGUCUAAGCAACUGGGAGUCACGGACUUUUCAAAGUCCUCUCUUUUUAGUCUUCCUUUACGGUCAGCGCCUUCAGUCUUCAGUCCUCCCUUACCCUUUCAGAGCCGAGCGUAGACAUGGGUUAUGAAUUUUCUUGCUUGAGUUGUUCUCUUUGAGGGGUGCCGUCUCAGUUUGCACGCCUUUCACGCAGCUUGCAACUCCGUACUGGGAAUUCAGUAUCAAACAGAACAGAUCUAGUCAGUGAAAGAUGGCUGGUUUUGAGAAAGACGAUAUACCUAUGCUUUCAGACACAAAUGGGCAGUCAUCGCACGAGCAUGUGGAUUCCCAAUUCCAGAAAUUGGCAUACAGGACAAGGAGUGCAUCAAUUUCCAUUCCUAUGAACUCAGUGGAGUCCUAUGAAAGUGAAACUAUCCUUGUGGGCCACACUGGUCCAUUACGUAGUGAAAGAAGAACUCCAUUCACACAGAUGAGUGGUCCAUUAUAUGUUGGCCGUAAACCUGAAAACCUUAUCCGGCCAAAUCAAGCUAUAGCAGGAUGCAAAACGGUGGAACCUUUGAAGGGAAACUUUCCUUCUUCAAAUGGAAAGGAUCCGGUUGAUUGGCCGCAUGACAUCUACACGGGCAAAAAUGAACAUUUACUGAGGUCUGGGCAGUUGGGGAUGUGCAAUGAUCCUUAUUGCACAACUUGCCCAAUAUAUUAUGACAAUUUCAAAGCAGCUCAACAAAAGAACUCAAAAGGUUCAUCUGUAUUUGAUACUAAGUUCCAUAGUGCUCUCUAUGGGGAUGCUAAAGGCUGGGCUAGGAGAUUUUAUUCUUUUCUCCAACAAUAUAUUCCUGGUGUCAUGAAUCCUCAUGCUAAAGUUGUGCAACAAUGGAACAAAUUUUUUGUCAUUUCUUGCUUGGUGGCAAUUUUUGUGGACCCAUUGUUUUUCUUCUUGUUGUCUACACUAAAGGAUAAUAAGUGUAUAGUUAUUGACUCGGCCAUGACCAAAACAAUUGUGGUUUUCAGAAGUUUAACUGAUCUCAUAUACUUCUUCUAUAUGCUUCUUCAGUUUAGGUUGGCUUUUGUGGCCCCCGAUUCGACAGUGUUUGGUGCUGGAGAGUUAGUUGACGAUCCAAAAAAAAUUGCUCUCAAUUAUAUUCGUGGCUUCUUUUUUGUCGACUUAUUUGUUGUACUACCGCUUCCUCAAAUCAUAAUAUUGUUUGUUCUACCACCAUCUUUGGGAUCAACAGGAGCAAAUUAUGCUAAAAAUCUUUUACGACUAGCCGUUCUUGUUCAGUACAUUCCUAGGUUGUAUAGGUUUCUACCUCUACUUACUGGUCAGUCUCCAAUUGGCUUUGUAUUCGAGUCAGCGUGGACAAAUUUUGUUAUAAAUCUUCUCACUUUCAUGUUGGCUGGCCAUGUUGUUGGGUCAUGCUGGUACCUCUUUGGGUUACAGAGGGUUAAUCAAUGUCUUCGAGACGCCUGCGAUGACACUAGAAAUAACUCAUGCAUGAAGUUCAUAGACUGUGGGUAUGGAGAUGAUUUUAGUGAUUUUCUUUCCAAUGAAAACUGGAGUAACUGGAAAAUAAAUCAGAAUGCUAGUGCUUGUUUUACUGGAGAUGGCUUUUCUUAUGGAAUCUAUAUUCAAGCUGUCAAUCUUACUACGGAACGGAGCAUCAUAACCAGAUAUACAUAUUCAUUAUUUUGGGGAUUCCAGCAAAUCAGUACGCUGGCUGGAAAUCAAGUUCCAAGCUAUUUUGUUUGGGAAGUCCUUUUUACCAUGGCCAUCAUUGGACUGGGUCUCUUGCUCUUCGCUCUCCUUAUUGGACAUAUGCAAAACUUUCUUCAGGCUCUUGGUCGGAGGAGGUUAGAAAUGUCUUUGAGACGUCGUGAUGUUGAGCAGUGGAUGAGCCAUCGACGCUUGUCAGAAAAACUAAGAAGGCAAGUACGACAAGCUGAACGGUACAAUUGGGCUGCCACCAGAGGGGUAAAUGAAGAAGUGCUUUUGGAGAAUUUGCCUGAAGACCUUCAGAGAGAUAUAAGACGCCAUCUCUUCAAAUUUGUGAAGAAAGUUCGGAUUUUUGCUCUGAUGGAUGAACCAGUCUUAGAUGCCAUUUGUGAGAGACUCAGACAAAAGAUAUACAUUAAAGGAAGCAAAAUUUUGUAUCAAGGUGGUCUGAUUGACAAGAUGGUUUUCAUUGUACGUGGAAAAGCAGAGAGCAUGGGAGAAGAUGGGAAUGUGGUUACCUUAUCUGAAGGGGAUGUUUGUGGUGAGGAACUUCUCUCAUGGUGUCUUGAGCAUUCUUCAGUAAAUAAAGAUGAGAGAAAAAGAAGGAUUCCUGGACAGAGAUUGCUUAGCAGCAGGACUGUAAGUUGCUUAACAAAUGUAGAAGCAUUUUCACUCCGAGCUGCAGACCUUGAAGAAGUCACCAGUCUUUAUUCAAGAUUCUUGCGGAAUACACGUGUUCAAGGAGCCAUAAGGUAUGAAUCACCCUACUGGAGAUCUCGUGCCGCAAUCCUCAUUCAAGUGGCCUGGAGGUAUCGGAGGAAACAUCUAAAUCGCACAGAUACCUCGCAAUCUAGUCAUUCGUCAAGUACGGCGCAUCAAGGCACUUCUUUGAUGGUCCCCUUCCUUAUAGAUUAUGGCCAUCAUAUGAAGCUCUAAGAUUCGAUUUUACCAAUGGAGCCUUGAAUCAUGACCUUGAAUCAUGACAUACACAAUUUUACUUAAUAGUGUAUCCAAAUAUUGUAUGAUGACAUUCACAGUUUCUCUUGUGUAUAUCUCCAUGUAGAUCAUGACCAAUUAUAACCAUCAUAUAGCUCAAAAAACCAAUUUUACUGAUGGUGCCA